AUGGUGAAUCCAUCAGACUACCUAUUCCAAGCCGUGUUGGCCUACAAGUCUCUUACUGAGACUUGCAACCCGGACUACCUCAGCCAUGACUUGAACAUAAAGGAUGGAAAAGUCCUCCAAAUCAACGCCACACGGGUUACGGAUGCCGCCGUGUCCGGGGCUGAGGGCCCCAUUGACUACUGCAAUAUCAUCGUCACCUACACGCACCCCAAAUACAACGACACGAUUCACACUCAAGUGGUGCUGCCGUCCGCGAGCCACUGGAAUGGUCUAUUUCAGGGAGUUGGCGGUGGUGGAUGGGCAGGAAAUAGCGGCAUUGGCUCUCUCAUGAAGCCGCUUGGCCAAAACUACUCUGCUGGGAUGACAGAUGCGGGCCAUGAUCCCCGUCUUCCAGACUCCAGUUCCUGGUGGCUGGACUCUCACGGGCAAAUCAACAUUGGCCUUUUCACCGACUUCGCUUCCGUUGCGCUGGGUGACCUCGCCGACAUUGGCAAGCAGCUCUCCAACAGAUACUACGGCUAUGGACCUGUCUACUCCUACUGGAAUGGCUGUUCCACGGGCGGCCGCCAGGGCUGGAUGAUGGCCCAGCGGUAUCCAGAAGCGUAUGAUGGCAUUUACGCUGGAGCGCCCGCCGCACAAUGAGACCGGUUUAUAGUCGCCGAGU